AUGGCCUUUUUUAUAUCGCCAACAUGGCGGCUGCCCAAGGUCGUGUGGUUCCUCAUCGUCUUCGAGCUGCCCUUCACCGUCGCCAAUCUCGCCCUCUUCGGCAUCGCCUCGCCAAACCUCUACCGCACCAUCCUGUGGCGCAUCGGCGGCGAGAUGGGCUUCAAUUCCCAGCCCAGCACCGUCCUGUACGCCUACGCCAACUAUCGCCCCGUCAAGAUUCCGCUGGUAUGGAGCAACUUCAACACCCAGUACCAUCUCGUCAUCGGAGUCGUGUGCACCUUUUUCUGGCUCGUCAAGGUGACGCUGUGGCUCCUCAAAGUCCUCUACCCAGUCCUGUCGCUCCCCCUCCACAUUGCCCUCAUGUGUCUGUGGGCUUACGGCAUCCAUGUCCAAACCGCCCCCGACACCAUUGACCCAGACCACAUGAACAAGGGCGCACCAUGGUACAUCACCAAAAACUGCAACAUUGUGCAAGACGACAGAAUCAGAGGCUACUGCAUGCAAGCUAAGAGCAGCUUUGCCGUUAGCGUCAUCAUGCUUUCCAUUUACGCUGUCUUUGUCAUCAUGUCAAUCUACUCUCUCAUUCCUACAGCUGCCCAGAAGGAGGCCCAUGCUGCCAGGAAAGCCGAAAAGAAGGCUGAAAAAGAAAAGUGGGCAUCUUCGCCCUACGACAAUGAAAUGACUGCCGAAGAACAAUGGCAGCACAUGUGGGAACUGCAACAACUACCCCGUACGCCCGGCACCAUGGGUGGCAUCAAGUCACCAAUGACGCCGCGCACAUUAGCUUUCAACAGUCUGGGUGGUGAAGAGGCGGGCCAGGGCGGUUACUAUGUGCCGGCCGGAGGAAAUGGAUGGUAUGCUCCACCCCAGCACGGCGGCGUGCCAACGCAAACUGUGAGUCCCAUCAUGGAGCAGGAUGAUUACCAGUACAACCAUGAAGGCAAGGGAAAGACAAUGGGAUGGAACGGGAACGCAUAUUAAACCUCGUCGAGGUAUCUUCUUGUGUUUAAUUUGGGAUUUGGCGUUUUAGCGUUGUGACAUUUCGAGAUACCACCUGGGACUAGGUCUUCACUCAUUACUGGAAUAUGAGGGCAACAGGCAAAGGAGCGUAGGACACUGAAAUUCCGAACAUCGUUCCUUUGGAUAUACUUCAUUCAAUAGUAGUGCUACCAUUGAUUGUUGUAUAUGUCUAUUGUC